GGCGUCCACGGCGGCGGCGGCAACAUCACCAGUCCGGACUAGCGAUGCCGGUGGUUUGACGUCCGCGCCGCGCACUUUUCACCCGCUCUCCACGCGUACUAUGCUCUUCUAUUCUUCCUCCUUCACGUCUUUUUGCCCGUCUUUUGUCCCGCCGCCGUCACCGCCGACGACGACGACGACGGUCCGACGACACAUCCGUGCGACAUUCGCCCCGUCGGACGACCUAACCCUUCCUUCUCCCAUCCCUUAACACUGCACCCUGUCCCUUGUCCGAAGCAACUGCGUACAAUUCCACGCCGUCUAUCCUCGAUCAACCGACGAUCCCCUCGAAAGUGCGCUUCUCGUUUCGGUUUUUUUUUCUUUUUUCGUCCGUCUACACGCUCUCUGUCUAUCAUCUUUACAUACACUCAUCUAUCUUCCGAUUUAUCUUUCACACUCUCAUUGUACAUAACACGUAAUAAUAAUAUAAUCAAAUAUUUUAUGUGCAUUAGGUAUAUAUUUAUAAAAUAAAUUAUAGUAUACCGUUGAACGCACAAAUAUAUUUUAUACAUAUAUAUACAUGUAAAAAAUCAUCCACAACAUAAACACACACAUUCAUACUACCAUAGUUUUUACGGUCUGUUAGACCGUUUUUUUUUUUACUUAACGAAUUUAAUUUACACGUCGUUUUAAUAUUUGUAUUUCGUGAAAAUAAUUAAAUAUACCCCAGUGCGGCGCGUAUUUUUCGAACGGUGGCCAUUGGAAAUUUAUGGGACCCGCUCUCGCGGAUGCAAGUUGUACAACCGUUUCAAUGAGAAAUGGAAUCGUUAAUAGAGGACCAAAACAGACCGGCGGAACUUUUGUCGCCAUCGAGAGGAAGGAGGAAACAAGCAAAACCACAGCGGAAAAAUGUGGAAAACAUCGAUUGUGACAUCGUAGACCACUAUCAGGAGAUGACUCUAUGUGCGGAACAAGAUGACGAAAUUAUCAUCAACCCAGACACCAACCACAAUCAUCAACCAUUGCUCUCAGUCGACACCAAUACCAAACAACGAUUCGACGAAGACAGUCAACUACUCGAAGAUACUAAAGAUUCUUCCACGUCAGCGAACGAAGAUUCGACGAGUAGAGAGGAUGAAGAAGACAUGGCAGCUAAUGACGAAGAGGAUGGUGCAGAUGCUGUUAGAGACGACGAAGGAGAGAUGGCAAGAAAAGACUGCGACAAAGUUCCGUUGCCCGGCAUGGGUCUGGAGAGUCUGAUCAAGGGUUAUCACGAGCAGCAACAGCAACAACAGCAGCACGGCCGAGAUUCGUUGGAAUUGCAGGGAACGCUCAAGGAACGCUUGAACGGCGGGUGCCGCACCAGGCCACCUUCGACACAAUCGUCGCCGCCUCCGAGUUCGAUGAUCGCCGGCACCGGUCCGUACGGUUGCCUGCAGUGCAACGCAACUUUCGGAAAUCGCGACCUGCUCGAAAAACACGAACUGCUCCAUUCUCCGAACGCCCAAGUGUCGUGCAAAGUAUGCAACAAAACAUUCGCCAACGUGUACCGUCUCCAAAGGCACAUGAUAAGCCACGACGAAAGUGCGGUGCUUCGGAAGUUCAAAUGUCCGGAGUGCGAAAAAGCAUUCAAGUUCAAACAUCAUCUCAAGGAACAUAUUCGAAUUCACAGUGGUGAAAAACCCUUCGAAUGCUCCAACUGCGGUAAACGAUUCUCACAUUCUGGUUCGUAUUCGAGUCAUAUGACUUCCAAAAAGUGCCUGGUCAUCAACAUGAAAAUGGUCGGCCGCGGGUCGCAAGCCAACAGCCGAAACGGAACCCAACAACAACCGAAUAACAUUUACGCGGUAAAGCGUCACGGUUCAAACAACAACAACAACAAUAGCAAUCACAACAACAACAUAAACAACAACAACAAUAGUAAUAACGCGUUCGCGCCGAUGUUGCCAUUGUCAGUAGUGCCGACUAUAACGCCACCACCUUCAUCAUUCUACCACCCACCGCCGACAACGGACGCGGCUAAUGUUGCCCGAAUAUACUUCCCUAACCUAUUUAACACAUCGAAUAACUUCGACAUUCACAGCUUGCUACGGCCGUCGGUGGUAUCCCCGGUGCCUGUGAAACAAGAACUACAAGAUGACUGUUGCAACGACAGCAAGAAGACGAUCGAUGUGGUGACGGAUGACUGCAAGGAUAACGAGAGUGGUGGCGAAGACGAGGAUGAAGACGAGGACGAUAAGUACGAUAACGUGAUCGACGUGGUGAACGUGGCGAAGAAGGAUCGCGAAGAUGGCAGAGGCAGCGGUAGCGGUGGCGAAGAAGAUGUGGUCAAGAGACUACUUGAGACGGUCAACGUUUCGGCGGUCACCAAGCAGCUGAUGAUGACCAACGCUGCCAUUCACUACCAGCAGCAACACCUCCACCACCACCAGCCACCACCAUCUUGCGGUUCAUCCGGUGGAUGCCCGAGUGUGAUGAGCGAAUCUCCACCAUAUCACCAACAACAGCCGCAUCAUCAACACCACCUGCAGAGGCCCGAAGGGUUAGCCGCCAAACUGGAAGAUUGCUGCAUACUCGCCGGCAAAACAGUCAACAACAACAUUAACAACAACAACAGUAACCACAACAAUAACGGCCGUUGCGGCGGUGGUACGUACGACGCGAGCAGCGACUGUUACACGGACGAUGAGCACAGACCGUGCACAACGGAGGAAGAGGACUCGGUAGACCAGGACGGUCGUAAGAUCCGCGUCCGGUCACAGAUCGCCGACGAACAACUGGUCGUGCUCAAGGAGUGCUACGCGGCCAACCCGCGACCUAAACGUGAGGAACUGUGCAGGAUCGCGGACAGGAUUGGUUUCAAGGUGCGCGUCGUCCAGGUGUGGUUCCAGAACAAUAGAGCGCGGGACAGGCGCGAGGGCCGCCUGGUUCACAUGCCGUACUCACCGGCCAUGACCACGGAAACGGGUGCUGCCGCUAUGGCCGCGGCCGUAGCCGCCGCCGCUGCAACCGCUGCAUCCACACCGAAUCCGGAACAGCCGCUCGACCUGUCUAUGGGCCGCGGACGCCGCGAUGACUGUAGGGACGGUGACGACGAAUCCGCUGGUAGCGCUGUCAACCUGUCAUUGGACGUCGGUCAAAAUUGGACCAACAAAAAACGGGACAGCUGCGACUCGUCGCCAACGCCUGUGCAGAACCGCAGAACACCGCAUGACUACUAUCCGACACCGUCGCUCGUUUACGCCACUCCACCACCGCCUCCGCCAACCAAUCAUCCUGCGUCCCAUUCGCCCAUACCGGCCGUCGCGCUUCGGCACAAUGGCAGUUUGAGCCCUGCGUCCGAUAAACGUUCGUGGAAGAGAGGAUACGGAGACUGGAGCGACAUGACGGACGAAGCCGAAGAUUCGGGAUGCACGUCCCAAGAUCCAGACGAUGCAGUGUCCACCGGAGGUAGUGGUAACAACAAUAACAGCAGUAGUGUUGCAUCGACCACCACGGUCAGUUCACCGAGCAAAAAGUCCAAAACGUCAUCUGUGGAAUCAGCCGAAGUACCUGAUCAGAGACCGCACAAGUGCGACGUGUGUCCGAAGGCGUUCAAACAUAAACACCAUCUGACCGAGCAUAAGCGGCUUCACAGCGGCGAAAAACCGUUCCAGUGUUCUAAGUGCAUGAAACGUUUCUCGCAUUCGGGUUCGUACAGCCAACACAUGAACCACCGGUUCUCGUAUUGCAAACCGUACAGAGAGUAAGGGAGAACAUACAACUUUACAUACGGCUUUUCAACUCCACAUCCCCCGCCUCUACAAUACUCCUUAUCAACACCCCACAACAGCAAACAUCCUCCUCCCCAACGAAACGACGUGAUUUUUAUUUUUUUUUUUUUAUCGUGUCAUUAUAAUAUUAUACUAUUGUAUGAAAAACAAAAAAAAAAAUAUGACAGAUUCUUUUGAAAUGACGUCUACACUACAUA